AUGGAGCAAUGUCGGCGUUCCGCCCUGGUGCCGUGUGGAGCGGUGUGGUCCGAGUGCGCACGCGGCGAGAGCGGCCGUCGCGUGGGCAAGGUGUUGCUGGGCGCCGCCCUGCUCGGCAUCGGCCUCAAAGUGUACGGCCGCUACAGGCGCUACCAGCGCCGGCAGCGCUGGAACCAGGCCGGGAAGGACGUGGUGGUGCUGCACCAGUUCGAACGUGGCACCAACUGUCCCAGCCUGUCACCGUUCGCGCUCAAGCUGGAAACGUUCCUGCGCAUGGCUGGCAUCAAGUACGUGGUGGACACGGACGAGCCACGGGGGUCACGCAACAAGUGUCCUUGGAUCACCUUCAACGGACAGGAGCUGUCCGACUCGGAGCUUAUCAUCGACUUUCUGACGCAACACUUCGGAAAACCUCUGAAGGAAAAGCUCACGCCGGCUGAGCAUGCCGUCGGACGUGCCGUGCAGGUGAUGCUCGACGAGCACACCAUGAUGGCCGUGGUCUAUAAACGCUAUGUUCUCGACCGCUAUUCCUACAUCAUGGGGUGUUUCUCCAAGAAGUAUCGGCUCAUGCUCAGGCUCUUGGUGCCCAUUUUCCACCCAAGAUUGAAGCCUGUGUUCGCCGAGCUGACCCAAGUCAUAUACGGUUGCGCACCUGAGGUGGAGCGCUACGUUCGCGCUAACUACGACGCUCUGGUGCAAUACCACGAGCGUAUGAAGAACAAGUACUGGCCCGACUGGGAGCAGUGCCGAGCCGAGUAG